CUCUCUCUGUGCUCCCUUUAGAAAUAGAUGCGGAGGAGCGGAGGCAGAGCGGGGCAGCAGGGCGCACACUGUGGGGAAAUGAAACACGCUGCAGGUCCCGAAGCAGCAGACGAGCUGGGCAGAGCCUCCUUCUCCUCCACUCUUCCUCUCCUCCCUCAGCGGGACAUCACACACCGUCCGGGAUCAUGUUGUUUCCUCAUGAGUUCUCAUUAUCGCCUUACUGGAUCGCAGCUGAGUGAAAGAGAAAGUCCACACUGGAUUUGAACCUACGCACUUGUCUUGUCCACCAACCAGCCAACCAUCGUGGAUGAGAUCUUUGCAUAUAGUUGAUGUUUGAUUAACUGGAUCCUUCUCCUCCCAUCUGUGUUUGUUGGAUUAUUCCUUCCAUAAGGAGAUAUGUUUGUUUUAUGUCUUAUCAGCCUGGCCGUGCUGUCAGAAGCAGGUCUGUCGGUGGAAGUGUUUCGUGCAGGUGUGGCCCCUCGCUGUGAGAGCCGGGCCUGCAACCCUCGCAUGGGUAACUUAGCCCUGGGCCGCCGGGUCCUGACGCAGACCGUGUGCGGCAACAACGGCACCGAGCUCUACUGCUCCUUCUCCGACCCCAACGCCAACCUGGCCUGCAGCGCCGCCAAGUGCGCCAAAUGCAACGCCGGCCUUCCCCUCCUGUCCCACCUGGCCGGGGCCAUGUCCGAUUCCUCCUUCCGCCACCCCAACACCUGGUGGCAGUCAGCUGAGGGGGUGGAGUCUGAGACGGUGCAGCUGGACCUGGAGGCGGAGUUCUACUUCACGCAUCUCAUCAUAGUGUUUCGCUCGCCGAGGCCUGCUGCCAUGACCCUGGAGCGGUCGCAGGACUUUGGGAGAACGUGGAAGAUGCUGCAGUACUACGCCGGCAACUGCAGCGCCGCCUUCGGCCUGGAGGAGGGAAAGGCGGGCGUGGGUCAGGACGGCGCCACCUGCACCUCCAAAUACUCCGGGGCGUAUCCGUGCAACCGCGGAGAGGUGAUCUACCGUACCCUCCCAAAGUGGGAGUCCCUGGAUCCAUUCGGGGCGGAGGGCCAGCAGCAGCUGAGGGUGACCAACAUCCGAAUCCGACUGCUGAAGCAUCAGUCGUGUCCGUGCCAGGCCAAAGACGUCGCCGCUGCACACGAGGCUCUUCCCACCCGACACUUUGCCAUCUACGACCUGAUAGUGAAGGGAAGCUGCUUCUGUAACGGGCACGCCGAGCAAUGUGUUCCUGCACCGGGAUACCAGCCAAUCAGAGACCGGACCAACCAUGUGGUCCAUGGGAAGUGUGUGUGCAGACACAACACUGCAGGUGAUCACUGCGAGCGUUGCGCUCCUCUCUACAACGACCGACCAUGGCAGCCCGCCGACGGACUGACGGGGGCUCCGCACGAAUGUCGGAAGUGUAAGUGCAACGGACACGCUCAGAGCUGCCAUUUUGAUUGGACGGCGUGGCGCGAGUCUGGCCAGCGCAGCGGAGGCGUGUGCGACUGUCUGCACAACACCGAAGGACGCCAGUGUCAGAAAUGUAAGGCCGGCUUCCACAGAGACCCCCAGCGACCGCACACCACCCCCGACUCCUGCAAACCAUGCAGCUGUCACCCCUUGGGCUCCAUGCCCUUCCACCUGGCCGACGGCUCUCUCUGCGACCCCUCCAGCGGUAACUGCAUCUGUAAACCUGGAGUCGGUGGAGCCCACUGCGACAGGUGCAUGGUGGGAUACUGGGGCUUCCACGAAUACGGCUGCCGUCCGUGUGAUUGUGCAGGAGACUGCGAUCCGUUUACUGGAGACUGUAUGUUUGGCUCUGAUCUGGACCUGUACAACCUGGAGGGAAACUCCAGCGAGCCUGUCAGGAUCUUCAGAGCAGACGAACUCUUCUCUGCCCUCCACUACUCAGAGAAGUGUGAGUGCAAAGAGCAAGCCCUGACCAACAGCAAACUCUUCUGCACCAUGAAUUAUGCAUACGUACUGAAGGUGAAAGUGCUGUCGGCUCACGAUAAGGGCUCCCAUGCCGAGGUGGAGGUCAAAGUUCAGAAGGUGCUCAGUCAGAACACCAAGGUGAAGAUACAGCGGGGUCGGGUCACUCUUUACCCCGAGUCCUGGACUGCACGAGGCUGCACCUGCCCCAUCCUGAACCCAGGUGUGGAGUACCUCGUGGCGGGCCAUUCGGACCGCAAGCAGGGCCGCCUCCUGGUCAACAUGAAGAGCUUCGUCAAGCCUUGGAAAGCCAGCUUGGGGCGCAAAGUCCUCGUGUUACUCAAGAAAGACUGCAACUGGUAGGCCGACCGUCGGAGGACAGACGGACACAUGGACAGAUGAGACUGUUUUUUAAACAAAACAACGCCGUGGAUUCGUGAUUUUCUCGUCCUCCAGAUGUGGAAUAUUGAAUCGCACAGGGUCUGGGAAGCAGGCUUUCGGGGGCUGAACUGAGAUGACUGAAACCCCCCUUUAUUUCUCUGCUGUUGUCCAAUGAGAGCAUAAACGCUAGUGGCGGACCGCA